GAAAAAGAAAACACGAUCCGCCCUCCAACGUUCAUCUGAACGUUUACUCUCUCUCUCCCCUCUUAACAUCCCACACAUGCCUUUUCCAUUCUGUGAGCCGCAAAAACCGAAACCCUUCCUUUCGGCAUUUCCUCGAGCAGUUUGGUGUGGCUCACUCCAUGGCGUCCCUCACGCCGGGCGUCCUCCUCAAGCUGCUGCAGUCCAUGAACACUGACGCCAGGAUCGCCGGCGAGCACCGUUCCGCCCUGCUCCAGGUCACCGGCAUCGUUCCUGCCCUCUCAGCCUCCACCGCCGAUGACUUGUGGCCCUCCCACGGCUUCUACCUCCAACUCUCUGACUCCGCCAACUCCACCUACGUUACCCUUUCUGAUGUCGAGGCAGAUGCCAUCCUUUCCAGCCGCCCCCAGAUCGGCCAGCUUGUCCACGUCGAUCGCCUACAGUUCGCCCACCCUGUUCCCCGCGCCGUCGGCCUCCGUCCUGUCCCCGGUGCUCGAGUCCACCUAAUUGUCGGCUCCCCUGAACCCCUCGUCGCUCGCUCCUCCCCGGACCAGCGGAGCUUUGUCAUCCAGCCCGCCUCAGCCGCUGAGGCUGGACCUCCCCUUGUCUCCUCUUCCUCCUUCAGAUCCAAUUCCCUCCUCCACGACAAAGAUAGAAGAACCAUCUUUGCCGCCAGGGAGAACGUCAUCAAGAACCAUGUCGAUUCGGCCGGAAAGCCACGGAGAUUCACGUCUCCCGCUUCAGCAAAAUUGUCCUCCAGGAAAGUUUCUCUCGGUGACGUCAAUAGCUCAGGGGAUUUGGCACGCGAUCCGUCUCCAGCCUCAAAAACAACCUCUCGGGCGUCGUCACCUGCAGUGCAAGUAAGGUCAGGCGCGAGGGCCUCGUCCCCUGUUCCCUCCAAGUGCGAAGUGCCCAGUCUGGUUGCAGCGAAAGACGAGAACCGGAGAAUAGCAAGGGAGCCUGCCAUCAUCGUGCCGUCUAGAUACCGGCAACCAUCUCCUAUUGCGAGGAAAGCUUCUGGAUCGCCAAUGGGUAGAAGGGCCUCCAUUUCUCCUGCACGGAGGCUCUCAGGAGGGUUCAAAAUGACCUCGCCUGCAGCUGGGGAGGCUGGGGGGAAGAAGAAAACAGGAUUGGUCGUUGGGGGCUUUGCAAAAGUGUCCGAUGCAGCCUCAGGUUCCCUGAAAUCCAUCAGGAAGAGCUGGGACGAUUCAUUGCCUAAUGUGGUCGGAGUUUCCGAGUCCAAAGAUAAAGGAGGGUCAAAGAGCAAGGCAGACAAACAAUCCAUUUUGACAACUCAGGUUGCUGUGUCACAAAGGAGGAGCAAUGUAGGAAGAAUGCAAACAAAUGAUGAGAACACAACGUUCAGUGAAAAGCGAAGGACGAAUAACAGGGUUUAUUCAUCCUGCGAAUCCGAUAAAUCCAACAUGAUUCCUAAAAUUACCGUUCAUGACAGGAAGUGGACUGAUGGCAGUAUCCUAUUUGAUUCUGUGUCUGAAAACCUUGCAAGGCUAGGAAAGGAGGCAUUUCAAAGAAGAAACAUUGCUGCAGUAGCUGCAGCUGAGGCAAUUGAAGAGGCUUUGGCUACAGAAUCUGUUAUUAGGAUCUUAAGCAUGUUUUCUGACCUCUGUUCAUCAUCAAAUGCUAGCAACCCUGUUCCAAUGAUUGAUAGAUUUCUACCAUUGUACAACGAUGUUUUAAGGUGGACUGCUGUUGCUGAGUCUCUGUAUGCCAAUCGCAAUUCUGAAGGGCAGAGGGAUGCUGUACCAACUGAGCAUAGCAGUUUGGCAACUCUCUGGGUUGAAGCAGCAUUAGCCACAGAUAUUCAAGUUCUCCAUUUAGUAAGUGAAGAGGCUGAGAACCUAUCAAAGAGAAAGGCUUCUGAAAGACUUACAAUCCCACAAUUGGAUUCUUCAAAAACAUUUUUGUUGAAAAGGCAAUCAGUUGGCGUUCCUUCUAGGAACAACCACUUGAAAUGUUUGCUUACUCCCUCAACAAACACUUGGAGCAGAGGUCAUGAGUUGAGUGAAACAUUGGAGCUUGCUAAAACUCUCAAAAGGGAAAUGCAACUUUGGUUUCUGAAGUCUGUAGAGGAAGCAAUGGAUGUGGGCUUCCGAUUAUUUGGAGAGAAAAUAGACAUGGAUGAGGAGGUCAAUCGCAAGGAGAAAGUUACAGCAGUUCUCUCACAAUUGAAGAGGAUCAAUGAUUGGUUGGAUGCGGUGGUGAGGACACCGGAGAUUGAUACAUUGAAGGAAAAGAUUGAGCAAUUGAAGCGAAAGAUAUAUGGGUUUGUGAUCACUCAUGUUGGCACUGCAUUUGAUAACUCCGUUAUUCUCUCUUAGCCUAGCAUAUUGGAUUCAUCUUUGUUUCAAAUUGUGGAUGUCUUAUCCUCAUUUGUGGUAUCAAAAGUUUCUAAAAAGAUGUGACUAUCCACUUAAUGUUUUAGAUAACACUUGUAACUUUUUCGUGAUAUAUGUUUUAGUAUUGUUCUACUAGAUUUUGCGGUCAAUUUUAAAUGAGUGUAAUA